UCUAUCCAUAUCAGUAUACUCCACAAAGAAACGAACCAAAUAAUCAUGAUCUCCUUCAUGUUCUAUUAUUUCCUUGUUUCUCUUUCUUUCCUCGUCACUGUCUGUGUCUUCCUCCGAAAUAGAAAGUUCAAAAACAUACCGCCUGGUCCACCUUCUCUUCCCAUACUCGGCAACAUCCACCAACUCAAAAAACCACUUCAUCAAGCCUUUCACAGAAUUUCUCAACGUUAUGGCCAAAUCGUUUCUCUGUGGUUUGGCUCUCGCCUCGUCGUCGUCGUCUCAUCUCCGUCCGCAGUCCAAGAAUGCUUCAGCAAAAACGACAUCGUCCUGGCAAACCGGCCCCACUUUCUCACCGGUGAGUAUGUUGCAUACAACAGCACCACCUUGGUGCUCUCUCCCUACGGCGAUCACUGGCGCAACCUCCGCCGCAUCGCCACGGUGGAGGUGCUCUCAACACAUCGUCUGAACAAUUUCUUGGAAAUGCGAAGAGACGAGAUGAGGCGCCUCGUGCAAAAGCUUGCUCAAGACUCGUGUAAAGAGUUUACGAAAGUGGAGAUGACAUCGAGGUUUUCAGGGAUGACCUUCAACAGUAUAAUGAGAAUGAUUUCAGGGAAGAGGUACUGGGGAGACGACAAUGAACUUGGUGACGUGGAAGAGGCAAGAAAGUUUAGGGAGGUGAUAAAAGAGUUGGCGAAGCUAGGAGGGGCGAAUAAUCCUGGAGACUUCUUGCCCAUACUGAGAUUGUUUGAUUAUGAUCACUUGGAAAGGAGGCUCAAGAGUUUUGCCAAGAGAGUAGAUGGGUUCUUGCAAGGACUCAUUGAGGAGCAUCGAAAUGCGAAGCAGAGAGCAAAUACUAUGAUCGAUCACCUUUUGAGUCUCCAAGAAUCACAGCCUGAGUACUACACGGAUCAAAUUAUUAAAGGCCUCGUUUUGGUUAUGCUUACGGCUGGAACGGAAACAUCAGCUGUGACUUUAGAGUGGGCAAUGUCAAGUUUAUUAAACAAUCCUAAAGUAAUGGAAAAGGCUAAGAAAGAAAUAGACACACAUAUUGGGAAUGACCGAUUGGUAGACGAGCCAGACAUUUCAAAACUACCAUACCUGCAAAGCAUAAUUUCUGAAACACUCCGACUGCAUCCUGCUGCACCAUUGUUGGUCCCACAUGAGGCUUCAAAUGACUGUACAAUUGGAGGAUACAAUGUUCCACGUGGCACUAUGGUAUUAGUGAAUGCUUGGGCCAUCCAUAGAGAUCCCCAAUUGUGGGACGAUCCUACAAGUUUCAAGCCAGAUAGGUUUGAGAAGGAAGGAGAAGCAAGCAAGCUAAUUCCAUUUGGGGUGGGAAGACGAGCAUGUCCAGGAGCAGGAUUGGCUCAGAGAACAGUGGGGUUGACUCUGGGAUUGUUGAUUCAAUGCUUUGAAUGGGAACGAGUGAGUGAGGAAGAAAUAGAUAUGAGGGAAGGAGAAGGGCUCACCAUGCCCAAAAUGAUUCCCUUAGAGGCGAUGUGUAAAGCACGUCAUCCAAUCAUCAACAAGCUUUCUUCCCAAAAUGUUGCAGAGGAUUGCUAAACAACUAAGGAAUGGUAUCUGGGCAUCGCAUGGGACUAAUGUGAAAGUUCAAAACUAUAAAAGGUGCACUUUCAGUGUUUGGUACAAUCUAGCUACUUGUAUUACCGUUAGCGAAUGGGAACAUACGCGCACCAGCCAAUAAUUCCCUUAUAUAUAGUUUGUUUUUCAUGUUUCGUAUGAAUUUAUACUCUUUGUAGUUUAAUUCUUGUAUUUCAAAUUCCUAUGUAGUUUAAUUACUUCGCCUUCAUCGUUUAUGAUAGAAUUAUAUUAUAUUAUAUGUAUUAGACUAUUA